GGUCUGCAAGAGACUGCAGCUGGGCUUCGGUUUGAGGUCGAGCCAUGCGCAGCGAGUCUUUGUGUCAAAGUGUUUUCUCUAUUCUCAUUCUCGUCCCUCACUGGUGCUGCGUCGAUCGGCUGUUCCAUUACUGCAGCAGCUGGUUUGAUUUUCCUAGUCAAGCUCCACUAACAGCAUCUAAUUAAUUAGAGUUCUGGGAGGAUAGCUGGAUUCUGUGGGACACCAUCAUCAUCAUCGUCAUCUUCUUGUGGAGUAUCUGGAUAUAAACUGAGAACUUUCGAUCCAAAUUACCAGUGCUCCAUUUCCUGCAUGGUUCAAGCUCAGCCGCUGAGCGGCAAUGGAAGUUGGAGAAUCCUCAGCAAUAAUGCUGGAGUUCCAUCGAUGCACAGCGCCGUGACCCGCUUCAACACCGUCAUCCUCAUCGACAGGACGAACAUCGGCCCAUCUCAGAUAGCUCUGCCCGGCGGGAACUGCCGUGACAAUCCCCGAGAUCAGAACCUCACGCAUGACUGCACAGCUCACUCCGUCGUCUUCGAUCCCAGCACCAAUGCCGUGCGCCCCGUGUCGAUCUUCAGCGAUACGCAGUGCUCCACAGCCCAGUUCCUGGCCAACGGAACCUUGCUCCACGCCGGAGGUGAUAGCGAUGGACUCAAGAAAGUUCGCACUUUCAAGCCAUGCCUGGCCAGUGAGACGUGCGACUGGACCGAGUCCACAGACAUGAGCCUGCUGAACAAUCGCUGGUAUGGAACGAGCCAGCUGCUUCCAGACAACAGAGUCAUCGUGAUCGGGGGAAGAGGAUCAUUCACCUACGAAUUUCUCCCUCGCAAGCCAUCUGAAGGAACCUACUACAUGCCCUUUCUGAACCAGACCAGCAACUGGGAGGAGGACAAUCUCUACCCGUACGUUCACUUACUGCCCGACGGGAAUCUGUUCAUCUUCGCGAACCGAGACUCGAUUCUGCUCGACUACACCAACAACUCUGUAAUCAGGACCUAUCCCACAAUUCCAGGCGAGCCGAGAAACUACCCCUCGGGCGGAUCGUCGGUGAUGCUGCCCUUGGAUGCAGCCAACAACUACAGCAGCGUUGAGGUGCUCGUCUGCGGGGGCGCCAGGUUGGGCUCCUACAGGAAUACCGCCAAGCAGUGGGGCUGCUCGAAAACAUGCGGCAGGAUGACAGUCACGAGUGCAACUCCUUCAUGGGCUAUGGAAACGAUGCCGUUCAGGAGGUGCAUGGGGGACAUGAUUCUGCUGCCCACUGCAGACGUGCUCAUCAUCAAUGGUGCCCAGAAUGGAUCCCAAGGAUGGGACGGCUCUUCCAAUCCGGCUUUCAGCCCGGUUGCCUACUUCCCAGACAAUGCCCCGGGCACCCGAUUCACUUCAUAUGCUCCGACUACAAUCCCCAGAGUGUACCAUGCUACUGCUAAUUUAUUGCCAGACGGAAGAAUCCUUCUGGCCGGAAGCAAUCCGCACGGGUACUAUGUGUACAGCGAGAACGAGUUCCCCACAGAGCUUAGAGUAGAAGCGUUUUAUCCUCCAUAUCUGCAUAAGGAAUACACCUCUCAGCAGCCGAGAUUUAUUUCCUACCCGCAUCGAGUUACUUACGGCCAGAUGUUCAAUGUCACCCUCUUUUUGAAAGUAGACUCUGACAGUGUUCCCCAGGUUGACAUGAAUCUGGUUUCAACACCUUUUGUUUCACACAGCUAUGCGCAAGGUCAGAGACUCUUGAAACUCGCUGUGACCGCGCCAGUCAAUAGCAAUGGUGUGGGUAAUCAGUACACUCUGGCGGUGACAGCCCCUCCCACUGCAACCAUCGCUCCUCGCAGCUACUACAUGCUCUUCGCCAACAACAAUGGAGUUCCCAGCCGUGCCGUUUGGGUGCAGAUAGUUUAGACUUUAAAGAUUAGCCUACAUUCAAACCAUUCUUUCACCAAUAUCAUGGUGGUAUAAGCCCGGGCUCUUCUAGCCUGGACAACGACAUCCAAUCUUCCGAAGGAGUUGGAUUACAUUUAGAUUUAGACCUUUAGAUGCACAAGCAAGGAACAGAGUGUCACCGAGCUGAAUCAGCUCCCUCUCAGAAGCUCUCCAGUAAGCUUGGCUUAUGAGUAGGCUCACUGCCAGAACCACUCCAGUUUGCUUAAGCUUUUAUUAUGAACGAUGAAGAAUUGCGCCUUGAGAUUCCUGGUCUCUGCAGGCUUCGGCACUCGGAGUACUACAUUCUUAGCACUUUUCCAAAUGGCUCGGCCAGUCAUUCAGAGGACAUUAGACGGAUGGAGAACCCACAAAACGUUUGUGCUCUUCUUCCAUGAGAUUCUAAAGUUACUUGCAUUCCAGGAGAUAUCUACAUUGGCCAAAAGCCACACUUCCAAUCACUCUAAUUCAAUUA